GUCACGGAGCAUUACACGGAGCAUUAAGCAUUUCAUAAGCCACGAAAAUGGAGCGCUACCUACGGUUUUACAUCAAGUUUCAGGGUUACAUGAUCGGCAUGAUAACGCUGCUGUUUUCGGUGAUAAUAACGUUCUUCAUUCAUCAGGAGUCUCAAUCCAUUAGGUAUCCAAUGGAGUACUAUUACAACUUUCGCUUCAUGGGUGCUGCCCCGGUGGUGCUCGGUCUCAUCUGGUUCCUGGUCGCCGUCUCGUUCCUCUACGGUGUGUACACGGAAUCGAAACAGUUACUGUUUCCGUACGGGCUGAUGUACCUGAUCGAUCUGUUCCUGAUCGCCAUCCGUGAUGUCAUCAUGAUAUGGCACGAGCAGCGCUGGUACUCGAUGGUGUUUACCAACAUCCCGUCGGCCGUGGCCGUGCUGUACGUUUCCUGUUACCUUAUGAUGACGCUGAUCGCCCUGUCACGGUUGUUCAGCAGCGAUCCGAAGGUCCAACCGGGUACCAAUUUUGCCCGAUUCAGUAACGGAAUCACGAAUCCGAUUGCGGUCGGUGACGAGGCGGUGCUGGUCGAAGCAUGAACCCUCCCCCCUUCCAGUUCGACGCGACGUAUCACCAUCAACGGGCUUCUCUAGCUUUCCUCGAAUCGGGCUUAUCAACCAAGCCUGUGCGCUUGGUGUUGACUACUCCCAGUUCGUCCACUCGCUCUCUUUCGCUCUCUCUCUCUCUCUCUCUCUCUCUCUGGUACCAAUGUUAACUCUAUGCCUACGAACAAUCAACAAACUCUGUUGAUACUUGAUAGCGUGAAAUAUACACAUAUAACCACAAUCAUUCCCAGACUCCC